ACCCAAACGAGGGACAGUGAAGUCGAGUGCUACCUUCGAUCCUUUCCACCAAAAUCACCAGAUCCGACCCUACUUUGGGGUUUCAUCGUCGGGGAACAAAAACAACCUCUCUCUCUCUCUCUCUCUCUCUCUCUCUAUAUAUAUAUAUAUAUAUAUAAAAUUAUCUGGCGACCUUUCUCCGUUCCCUCUUUUCAUCUUCUUUAGCUUUCAAAGUUCGGAGUACUUCAAUGGCUUCAUCAGCUGCUGUGGCUUUCAAUUCAGUCGCAUCUCCGGCGAGAAUCGCAUUUUCCGGCGGACCACUUUGUCGACAAAUCUCUCAUAUCCACCGUCCAUCUUUGGUUUCUUUUGGUGUUCACUCCCCUAUCCAAUCAAACCCUGCCUUGCAAUGCCGAUGGUCCUCUUCCUCUGCUUCUUCCGGUGUGAGGGCUCAGGUUGCAGCCGUUGAACAAGCAGGUGUUGACGCUGCUCAGAAUGUUGAAGCCCCUGUUGUUGUUGUCACUGGAGCUUCUAGAGGAAUUGGCAGGGCAAUUGCAUUAACUUUGGGGAAAGCUGGAUGUAAAGUUCUUGUAAACUAUGCUAGGUCAUCAAAGGAGGCUGAAGAAGUUUGCAAACAGAUUGAGGCUUGUGGCGGCCAAGCUCUUACGUUCGGGGGUGAUGUUUCAAAAGAAGAUGGCGCGGAAUCAAUGAUUAAAACGGUGAUUGAUCAAUGGGGAACUAUUGAUAUAUUGGUAAAUAAUGCAGGAAUCACACGGGAUGGUUUAUUGAUGAGAAUGAAAAAGUCCCAAUGGCAGGAGGUUAUUGAUUUGAAUCUUACUGGAGUGUUUCUUUGCACACAGGCUGCAACCAAGGUUAUGAUGAAAAAGAAAAAGGGAAAAAUUAUCAAUAUUGCGUCAGUCGUUGGUUUGGUUGGCAAUGUUGGGCAAGCAAAUUACAGUGCAGCCAAAGCAGGAGUUAUUGGCCUUACUAAGAGUGUGGCAAAGGAAUAUGCAAGCAGGAAUAUAAAUGUUAAUGCUGUGGCUCCAGGUUUUAUUGCAUCCGAUAUGACUGCCAAGCUUGGAGAGGACAUUGAAAAGAAAAUCUUGCAGACCAUCCCCUUGGGGCGAUAUGGUCAACCCGAAGAAGUUGCUGGACUAGUGGAAUUCUUGGCACUUAAUCCUGCUGCUAAUUACAUUACCGGACAGGUUUUCACCAUUGAUGGAGGGAUGGUGAUGUAGGACCGCCAUGCCACUUACCGGCUCCAGCAUGGAAAGAAAUCCAUCUGUAACUUGAGGGUUUAAAGUUUAAAUGUACUGAGGUAGCAUAGAGCCUUCCUUGAAAAUUGCAGGGAGACAGUAUGUAGCAGCUAGGUACAGUUUAGAUAUACUAGGGUUUUGGCAGUUAAUAUUAAACAGGCUAUGUUGAUCAAUUUUAUCUGUGCUUGUCCUUUUUGUUGCUUCCAUUAGUAUGAGAUGAUUACUUUUACAAUGACUCAAAUACACUUGUUGUUUGGCCCAGGUUUAUGCUACAAUGUAUUGAAUUGAGUUUGGAUUUA